CUUUGUGUCAGCAGGUAGAGAGAAAGCUUGCAGUCCCAGGGGAGGGAGGCAGAGAGCUGAGGAACACAAACUGCAAACCACAGGCUUCCUCCUCCAGGGAGUCGAUCCAGAAGUGCUUUUCUGGAAGGAAAGCUCUUCCCCGACAUCUACAUCACUUUCCAAGUCCACCUCAGGAUUCAGAGUCCUUGCUUCUGGGAUUUGUUGCCUACUUUAUACUGAUAGCAGUCUGCCUAGGUUUGCUGCUGGAUUGUUGCUGAUAUUUCCAAACUUUUUCUUUCUCGCUCCCCACAUUUCAAGCUGAUCAUUGUAUGUGCUGUAACGAGAAGAGAGAGACUUUUUUAUUUGAACGGAGUAUUCAGAAAUGCUUUUGGAUUCAUUCUAAGCUCUUUCGAUUGCGUUUGGACACUUAACUUUCAGCCAUGUCUGGCCCAGGAACUUUCAGCCUGGAGUAAAUUUCUACCUUUGAUCUUAUUGGAUUGUCUUUUGGGCUGUGGAAUUCCAUUCCUAUCUACCUGCAUUUUGUGCGCGCGCACGUGUGUGUGUGUGAGAGAGAAUUAUUUUUUUCUAAGUAACAGGUUGGUAAAGUAAGAGACAGUUUUUGCUAAGCUGUUAAAAGUUGGUUUUGGCCAGGAUUUAUAGAAACAUUUCCAUCUGUUUCAGCCCCUGGAGAUUCCUGCAGGCAGACUACUCAGCAGGUUUGCAGAUCUCUCUUAAAAAUCCAUAUCUCCCUUCUCAGGAGAAUGAUCAGUGUCCCAAGUCAUUUUAGUUGCUGAAUUUCUCUAUCGUGUCUACAAUUAUGAAGACUCUUCAGUACUUUUUGUGUGACCUUUGGGUAGCCUGUAUGGAUUUUUUUUUGGUGGUGCUUUUAUUUACGAUUGUAUUAACAUGUGCUUGAAAGCAAUUACAGCAGUUCCUGAGCGUGCACAGGAAUAGCAUAAAACAAGGACAUGUUGGUAACUUUUUUCUCAAAGCCUGUGCCUAAACUUUUAAAAUGUUUUGGGGGCCUUUUUACCUCCUGGGAAUUUGAAAAUAGGUUGAGAAGCCUCUUGUUCAUCUAAUGAAUUUUGGGAACUGAAGAUCAGAAGAUAUGUGCUUUAAAACAGACUCCAAACACAGAUUACUAGUGAUUUCCUAUCCUUAUGCUGAACCAGGAGAAUAAAUCUUGAUCCCUGAGCCCAAGUGAGAGGCAUUUCUAACAGAACAGGGAUGUCAGGGAUCAAAUAAAUUUGGAGGACAGCCCAAAAGCAAACACUUAUUAUUUAUACUGAACUUUAAAAAUACUGCUGUAAUUAUCGAAGGGGAAUAUCCGCUCUCCUCCAACAUUAUUCUUUAAUAUGUGGAGUUGAUGGAGGGCACUGAUACUUGUAAUUAACGUUAAAUCGGAAGAGCUUGUGCUUUUGGGAAUGAGAUAUGUGGAGAAGAUAACUAGCUGGAGAAAAGGCCAAGCGCAUCUAAGAUUGAUGUGUUCGACCUGCUGAUCAUCCUGAAAUGUACUCCUGAAAGGGCAGGAGCUGUAGAGACACUUCUUGCAUGGCAGAGACUCGCUUUGUGAUUAGCUCAGGCAGGACUGAAAUGCUACAUAGUAUUGUUGUAUGCCCUGGCUGGGUUUUUUUAAUGCCCGUUUGUUCAGUUUAUAUUGAUCUUUCUGGAUUUAUCCAUUGGAGGAGAAGGAGAAACGCUUGAUUUAGAUUGUUGGUGUUUUGUUUUUAAUUUUGUUAAGGCUCCACAGGCCUUUGGGCACGUGGCACCAAGGAAGAGAAACCUUUAUGGUGAGAAACAGAAGAGGAACCCUAUAAGGAGUGCCAGGAGUAAGGGGCUGUAGGUUACUGAACCCCUUUCCCCUCCUUCCCAUAUGCCCCACUGACUGGAAACACACAAAAGCCCUAUACUUAACCAGCUCUGUCAACUGUUGGAACCUGCUGGUGGGGUGAGGACGCAUUCCUGAGCGAUAUGUGUGGCCGAAGUGCACUGCUGCAGCUGGUAGCAUGAGUGCUGGCCCCCAGCUGCAGCUGGCUGUCCUCUGGCCUUGGCUGCUAGUGGCUACACUGCAGGUUGGACUUGGCCAUACUGGGCUGGCACUGGCAGUGGAGUCAGAGAGGUCAGCAGCACAGAAGGCUAUUAUUAGGGUGAUCCCCUUAAAAGUGGAGCCAAUCACAUUGGAAGGAGUGUUUGCUAAUGUUGCUGAGGUUACUCCAGCAGAAGGAAAAUUGCUGCAGUUCCACCCGCUGUCUCUGUGUAACACCAGUGAGGACGAGCACACCGGCUCCGGCUUUGUCACGAUUGUCAAACUCGAGCGGCCCGAUCGAGAUCUGCACCCCUGUCUGUCAUUGGCCAACAAGGCGAAGCUAGCAGGGGAGCGGGGGGCUCGUGCCAUCCUCUUCGACAUCACAGAUGAUGAAAGCGCCGCUGACCAGCUGAGGAAACCCAGGGGCCUGAGUCAGCCUGUGGUUCUGAUCCGGGGCCACGAUGCUGAGCUUCUGAUGGGCGUCGUGAACAAGAAUCGAGAAGCACAUGUGAAGAUUGAGGUUAAAGAGCAGCCAGCCUGGCCAGACUAUGAUGUGUGGAUUCUUCUCACGGUGCUGAGCACUGUCAUCGUGAUCAUCCUGAUUUUUGUCGCUCGCACCAAGUGUCACUGGAACAGGACUCAGGACUCCUUGCAGCAGCAGACCAUGCAGGCCAUCAGCCAGCUGGCCAUCCGGAAGUACCAGGCCCGGUGCCGACAGGCCGCCCUGAGGGAUUCGGCCAGCAGCUGCAGCUCAGCCCCCGUCUGCGCUAUCUGUCUGGAGGAGUUCAGCGAGGGCCAGGAGCUGCGGAUUAUUUCCUGUUCCCAUGAAUUCCACAGAGAGUGUGUCGACCCCUGGCUGCAGCAGCACCACACCUGCCCGCUCUGCAUGUUCAAUAUCAUCGAGGGGGCUGCCUUUGCCCAGCCUGCACAUUUGAGGCAGAAUUCCCAGGAUCUGGAACCUGGGCAGCGGCUUCACCUCUUCCGGCAACACCCAGGAUACGCCCUGUAUCACCUCCCAGAGGCCCACCCCCAGCGGCGGCUCAGGACCUUUGCUUCGCAGCUCCCCCAUGGCAACCCCUUCUUCCAUUCCCCAGAGCUCUCCCAAUUGGAUUUCAGCACCAUGCACUAUUUGCCAUACAGGCCAGUGGGCUCCAUGGCCACAUGCAGCCAUCAACCCUCUCUAGCCCAAGGCCUAGGGAAUGAGCAGCACCGAAAAUCUCCAGCAUGUGGGCAGAUGCCAUCUUCUCACAGGACUUGCCCACUUCAACACCAGGCCCAUUGCCUGGGAUUCAGGACUGCGGCAGUACCGAGACAGCACCAUGCUGCCCCUCUUCGUCGGGGAACCAGUCAUGGGAGGCAGCACAUCAGCAGUGGCUCAGGGGAGAGCUAUCUCACAGAGCACAGUGGGUACCUGGCUGAUGGUCCAGGCAGUGACUCCAGCUCCGGACCCUGUCAUGGCUCCUCCAGUGAUUCUAUGUUGAAUUGCACAGAUGUCAGCCUCCAGGGCAUCCACGGCAGCUGCUCCACCUUCCGCAGCUCCCUGAGCAGUGACUAUGACCCCUGGGUGUACUGUAGCUCCACUGACAAUGGCCAGGAGCAGCUGCAGCCUCCCGGAGAGCCAAGGACAAGGUCUUUGGACUUGAAGGAGACUGGCAGCACUGCAUUAGCCAAGAGUCAGAUACUGAGUCAUGUCCAUUAUCACCACCACAGGCAUCAUCACUACAGGAAAGACCUCGAGUGUCCAUCUGGGAGAUCAGGCCAGGAACCCAGCCAGCGUAGGCCCCGGUUUGCUGGAGCUGUGCCUGGUGCUCGGACACAAAAGAGGACUGAGAAAACUCGUCACUGCAAACAGCCUCUUGAAAGCAGCCCAGGGUCCCAGGAUGCAUCUCUGUCAGGACAGCCCUCCUGUGAGCAUCAGGGACCUGACCUCUCAAAGCACCUCUCCUCUUCUGCAGACAGGUCUGACUUCAGCAGGGUGGCCAGUAGGCAAGCUGGAGCAGCUGGUCCAUUGCCUUUCCCGCUGUCACAGAAACAUGGCUUACAAAGCCGUCACCACAGAAGGAAACGGAAGUGCCGCCCGGAGCCUGUCCUGGCUCACCUUUCAGAGGACUCAGACGUGCACAAAGACUGCAAUGUUCACAUUCACUAUGGCCACUCCCCUGGCUACUGCUGCUCCCCAGAAGUUCAGUCACUGUUGCCAACGGCCCCUAUGCCCUAUUGCUCAGGCUCUCAGGUGGUUUGGAAGUGCCGAGUCCCACCCUCCAACUUGGAGUCCCAGCAGCAGGACAAGGACCUAUCAGAACGGGAGGGGAAACCCACGUAUCCAGGUGAUUUCUCAGGGACAGGCACCGCAGAAGACAACACAAGUCUUUACCUCCCCUGCCAAACUCUGCAACACAAUCAGGGAUCCAAGGAGGAGAUCCAAGAUGUGUACGAACAUUCUGUUUAAUGAAAGAUGAACUCAUCUGCAUACUACAGAGAGCCAGAGUGGACAAAACAUUCAGGAAACGAACAAGAACUGGAAUCAGUGAUUUAUUUCCUGUUUCUCUGAGCAGGUAGUGUAGUAACAGUCCUAGUCUGCCCCACACUGAGAAACAAAAUGUGCUGGUAACCUCCAUGAUGCCCCCUUCUGCCUGCUCCCUGCCCACUUUACUGUAUUGUGGUCACACAAACCCACCACUCCUCUCUCUUUUUAAGGCAUGGACAGCGCACACUGAUCAGAAGACACUCUGGGGGCAUGGACUUACUCAUUCCAACCCUGUGUCCAGUGUUCGUUAUCUGGAGAGCCUGCUGGGUAGACAUAAACCGGUAUUUUGGCAUGGUCAUAAACAUGGGGGAGAUUGGAGGCUUUUGGAAAUGUUUUGGAAAUGGGCAGACCUGUGAGACUAAAAGCUGCAGAGAUGACAUUAGAGAGCCAAAUAGCUCCUGCCUUUUUCAUUUCCUCACUUAGGUCAAAGUCAGGCCAGCCUACUUCACUAACCCUGAAUACUCUUAUUUCUCUAACUUAAGCACAAGAUGCUCUCUUCCAUUUCUACAUUGCAGGAGCUCUCUUAGGUCCUGAGUCCGCAAGAUGCUUCCAUUGACUGCAGUGGGAAUUGAGGGUCCCUGCCACUUGGCAAUUAACUGUCCUUCAGCUGAGGCCAGGGUGGGGACAACUUAUAUUUUUGCCCAUACUAGGAUCCACCUGGAGGAGCAGUGAGGACAUUCAGGAUUCUGCUAGCAUUUCCAGGAAAGAGCUGGGGCUGAGAAUCUUCUCAGAAUCCAUUACGUUACCUGGAAGUGUUAUUGGAUUCCUCAUUCAUCACUUAAGUCUUUGAUUAAUUAUCAAAGUAGUUAUAAAGGCCAGGCCUGUAACUGUGCUGAGUAGAUCACUUGCAGUGCAUGUUUCAAAGCCUCUCUAAGCAUCUUUCUGGAAAGCUUGGGAAUCAUGGAGAAAUGAGAGACUAUGCUCUUAAUCCAUGAGCCAGCAUGGGUCUUCCUUCUCUGCCUUCCUCAUCGUGAUAAUUGCCAUCAUCAUCACAUGACACAAUAAGAUGCACACUGAAGUCCUGGGAAAGCAUCUGGGACAGUAAAUGCUCAGUAGCGCCCCAUCCCAACUAACAUUUCUGGAAUCUUAAACUCUUUUCAGUGACCUGCAAAAGAAUUCUUCAAAAUCAGCUGUGUCCUUUUCUAGCUUCUUUCUGAGGGAGACAGAAGGCUGGAAAAAUUGGGGAGGGGUUUUUGUUGUUGCUUGUAUUUACUUUAGAAAUCCAGGAAUUCAUGGAUUCACAAGUGUUAAGGCCAGAAGGGAGCAUUACGAUCAUCUAAUCUGAGCUCCUGUAAUAACACAAGCCAGAGAACGUCACUCAGUGAGCCCUGCAUCAAAUCCAUGAUUUCUUAUUGCAACAUAAGAACACAGAACAUAGGACUGGAAAGGACCUUCUAGGUCUUUGACUCCAGUCCCCUGCUAUCGCAGCCAACCCUGUCAGAUAAUCCCAUUCAUAACUGUAUCAAUCUGCAUUUUAAAACCAGUGAUGUUGUUUGGCCCCACUAACCCCCUUGGAAGGCUGUUCCAGAAUCACACUGCUCUAGAGCUGAGCUAGAGCAGAUCUGUUAGAAAGAGACGCAUAUUAAAUUUGACCUCAGUUCAGUGUGCAGCUGUGGUCAAAAAAGCAAAGACGGUGCAUGCAGAAUGGCACUGAGAAUAAUAAGGAAGCUAUUAUAAUGCCAUUAUAGAACUCAGUGGUGCAGCCUCCCCUGGACAUGGCACAGCUCUAAUCAGCCCUCUCAGGAAGGAUAGUGUGGACAUGAAGGGUUUCAGAGGGCGAGGGUGAUGAGAAUGAUCAGGGACUGGAAAAACUCAUGUGGAAAGAUUGGGAUUGUUACCUUAGAGAGGAGACAGAUCACACUAAUGAAUGGUCUCGAGAAGAGAGCUGCCACAGGGGUGGCGCCUUAGGGCGGAGGGUUGCCACAGGGCUCGGGGGGGCGGGGAGGCACAAGGUGGAAGUUUUGCCUAGGGCGCGAAACAUCCUUGCACCCGCCCUGACUGUAGGAGAGACCAGGCUGAGACUUAAUGUGGGGACAGAUUUUCCCACAGCUGCUACAAUGAGGUGUUUGCACUCAGGGGCAAUAGGUCUGUAUAAUUUUUGGUGGUGCCCAGAAUGGGUCCAAGUCCCACCCCACCCCGCACACCUGCCUAAGGCUCUGGGAGGGAGUUUGGGUGCAGGGUGCGGGCUCUGGGCUGGAGCAGGGGGUUGGGGUGCGGGAGAGGGUGAGAGGUGCGGCGCUUAUCUCAGGUGGCUCCCCAAAGCAACCCGCACACCCCUCUGACAGCGGCACCUAGGCAGGGAGCUGAGAGUUUUCGUGCGCCAGUGCCCACAGGCACUGUUCCCGCAUCUCCCAUUGGCUGCAGUUCCCAGCCAAUGGGAGCUGUGGAGUCAGUGAUCAGGGUGGGGGUAGCACAGGGAGACCCCCCCCCGACCCCCAGGGACAUGCCAGCCGCUUCCGGGAGUGGUGUGGAGUGAAGGUGGGCAGGAAAGCUGCCUUUUAUAAAUCGCCCGGGGGCAGCAGGCGGGGCCAGAAGACGCUCAGGGGGAGGCACGAGGCGGUGACAGGGGGGGCCAGGAGAGAGACCCGGCCCUGAACAUUGGUGGAGCCGGGACCCUGGGCCCUGAAUAUUCCUGGAGCACAGGCCCCACAGACCCAUAUAACUCGCCGCCCCUGUUUGCACCUUUCUCUGAGGCACCUGGGGCUGGCCCCUGUCAGAGACAGGGCCUUGGCCUGGAUGGAUCUUGGUCUAACUCUUAUGUUUUGUCCUGGCUUUGAUGUGGGACCUUUGGGGGGGGCAGUUCCAGGGAAGUUUACUGUGAAUUCUGAACCCCUUAAUCAGUAACAAUGGCUUUCUGUCUCCCAAGUGUCCACUGCCAUUGAAAUUAGCCAGGUGUUAACAGCAGCUAACCAAUACCACUGUUGUAAAUAGUCUAACCAAAAGCUCUUCUCCCAGUUGGUCUGCUCUCAUUCUGUUGGCUCCUGUGAUAUCACCAUUUCACUAGUUCUCCAGCCAACUGCAGUCUUUCAGCAUGGAGAGGGGCUGGAUUUCUAAGGUCAAAAACAGAUUUGUAUCUUAAACCUUUCAGGUUUCUUUCUCAAUCAGAAAGAAGAAAGAAAAGGACACAAACCCAAUCCCCCCUUCCCCCCAAGCAGGUCACCUUUAAACUAGAAGUAAAAGCAAGAGCUGGCCUAGAUUCCCCAGAUUCUGCUUAUGGACAGUGCAUGCUGGCCUAUGGCUCUUCUUAUGCAGGUCAUCACAUGCCCCAGCCAAAUGCUGUUCAUUUGUCUUAACAAAGAGGAGGCUCCUGAACUCCAAGCUGCUUUCAGACCAAGGGCAGGAUCCUGCACUUCCACCCCAGAGCUAAAUCCCCAUUGAGAAGCCCACUCGGCCCCUUGAAAGACUAGGCCUCUCCUUCGCAGUUUAACAGUAUUCAUCUCUUUCCCUUAGGACAGCAGUGCUCAAACAUUUGUCCUGGCGACCCCUUUCACACAGCAAGCCUCUGAGUGCGACCCCCCCCUUAUACAUUAAAAACACUUUUUUACAUAUUUAACACCAUUAUAAAUGCUGGAGGCAAUGCGGGGUUUGGGGUGGAGGCUGACAGCUCGCGACCCCCCACAUAAGGACCUUGUGACCCCGAGGGGUCCUGACCCCCGGUUUGAGAAGCCCUGCCUUAGGAGGACUCUGGCUGGCAUAGGCCCCAAGCUCAGUGGAAUGUGUGCUCCGUAGUAAAGGACCCCUGCUGCUCUGUACUGCAGUAUUAGGUGGGCUGCAUUGGGCAGCUCCCACUUUAAAGUGUUUUUAUUUCCUGGCCUUAUGCUGCUACUUUUCUUUCACAAAACCAACCUAUCAAGGCCUCAGGAUCCCUCUGGGCAUGAAGAGCAGAUCUAGGAAGUAGUUUAGAUGGGGGAGGGGUUGCUGUUCUGUCCAUAUGGGUUAUCAAAUGGGAAGAGCUCUGUCUGGAAGAGUUAAUCCAAGGCACUAUUCAAUAAAAGGAGGAGUAGAUUCCUUAGCCAUCUAAGAGGGGAGGUGAUGUAAGAAUCAAUGACAAAUAAUCCUGACAUGUGCUGAACACUUGCACCUCCAAAUGGACUUGUAACUUCAAGGAGACUCCCAGGAGCUCAGCAGUACUCAGGAUCAGGCACUGCAUGUCAGUAGUGUUUGUCCAAGGCAGGAGUUCAGGGUUAAGCUCUCGUCCUUGCCCUAUAGAGCGGAGGCCUCCGCUGGGAAUAGAAGUGAAAGCCAGAGCUUCUCAAAUGAGGAUUAUCAGCACUUCCCCAGAGCCCCCGGCAGCUGAGUUACAGCCUCUUCCGAGGACAGCCAGCGGCACUGAGAGGAGCCCAAAGCGGGCACAGCUCCCGGAGCUGUCUAUAGCCUCCUUCAUUCACGCAAACAGCCCUCUGUUCCUUCGUCUUGUAAAGCUCAGAUCCUUUUGAAAUGUGAACAUGGUUUUUAGUUUUUGCUGAGUCUGUUCUGCAAGGCUCUUGGGUGUUUUGGGUAAAUUACAAACCAAAAAGGAAGAAUAGGUUUUUUUAUAUAUAUGCAAAUCUGUAUAUUUAUGUCUGAGAUGGAAACAAAGAUGUUUGAAUAUGGUGAUGUGCUCAGAAAUAUAUUUAUUUACUAAUAUAUUUA